GUUGUAGUGACAGAGCCAUCGGGAAAGCCGUGGAUCAUUGCUUUUUCUAAACUCCAGAAGCAGAAAUAAUUUGAAAGCAAUGGAUUAACUGGGUCACUGCCUGAAAACAUCAUAGCUUUCUGCUGGAGGCACGCAGUUAGAUGUUUUCAGGACUUUGCCCUGAAAUUGUUUUGCAGUGGUAUAUUUUGUCAUUAUGAGAUGUCGUCUACCCGUGCUUCAUUUGUGCAAAUUAGAUUUGAUGACUUGCAGUUUUUUGAGAACUGCGGUGGAGGGAGUUUCGGGAGUGUCUACCGAGCCCGAUGGAUUUCUCAGGACAAGGAGGUGGCUGUAAAGAAGCUGCUCAAAAUAGAAAAAGAGGCAGAAAUACUCAGUGUGCUCAGUCACAAAAACAUCAUUCAGUUCUACGGAGCUGUCAUUGAACCUCCAAAUUAUGGCAUAGUUACAGAGUAUGCUUCUGCUGGCUCACUGUUUGAUUACAUUAAUAGCAACAAAAGUGAAGAGAUGGAUAUGGAUCAUAUCAUGACCUGGGCAACUGACAUAGCUAAAGGAAUGCACUAUUUACACAUGGAAGCUCCCGUCAAAGUAAUCCACAGGGAUCUGAAGUCCAGGAAUGUUGUUAUAGCUGCUGAUGGCGUGUUAAAGAUCUGUGAUUUUGGUGCCUCAAGGUUCCACUCCCAUACAACACACAUGUCAUUAGUGGGCACUUUUCCAUGGAUGGCCCCAGAAGUUAUACAGAGCCUCCCGGUGUCUGAAACAUGUGACACAUACUCGUACGGAGUGGUUCUCUGGGAGAUGCUAACAAGGGAGGUCCCCUUUAAAGGCUUGGAAGGAUUACAAGUAGCUUGGCUUGUAGUGGAAAAAAACGAGAGAUUAACCAUUCCAAGCAGUUGUCCCAGAAGUUUUGCAGAACUGAUGCACCAAUGUUGGGAUGCUGAUUCAAAGAAAAGGCCAUCUUUCAAGCAGAUCAUUUCAAUCUUGGAAUCUAUGUCAAAUGACAGCAACCUUCCAGACCAGUGUAACUCAUUCCUGCAUAACAAGGCAGAGUGGAGAUGUGAAAUUGAGGCAACCUUAGAGAGACUAAAGAAACUGGAGCGUGAUCUGAGCUUUAAAGAGCAGGAGCUAAAGGAACGGGAGCGACGUUUGAGGAUGUGGGAGCAGAAGUUAACCGAACAGUCCAAUACUCCUUUGCUGCCCUCCUUUGAUAUUUGUGCGUGGACCGAAGAAGAUGUGUUUUUCUGGAUGCAACAACUUACUAGAAAAGGCGAUGCUUCUGGUGAAAUGAGUGUAUAUGCUAGCUUGUUUAAGGACCAUCAUAUCACUGGGAAACGAUUGCUUCUUCUAGAAGAAGAGGAUUUAAAGGACAUGGGAAUUGUUUCCAGAGGACACAUCAUCCAUUUAAAGACUGCUAUUGAGAAGUUAACCCAUGACUACCUAAAUCUGUUUCAUUUUCCACCAUUAAUUAAGGAUUCUGCAGGUGGAGCUGAGGAAAACAUAGAGAAAGUAGUGAAUCUUGAACUCGUUUUUGGUUAUCACUUGAAGCCGGGAAAUGGUCCAAAGGAUUGUAAAUGGAAAAUGUACAUGGAGAUGGACGGGGAUGAAAUUGCAAUAACCUACAUAAAAGAUGUGACAUUCAACACUAACCUACCUGAUGUAGAGAUUUUAAAGAUGACAAAGCCACCAUUUGUAAUGGAGAAAUGGAUUGUGGGGAUAGAAGAACACCAGUCUGUAGAAUGUGUUGUUACGUAUGAGAGUGACGUUAGAGCUCCCAAAAGCACCAGGCACAUCCAAGCUAUCAGCUGGAGCAAGGUGAAAGCGCAGGAUGAGGUCGAGACAGUACAGCUCAUGAUACAGACCUCGCUCCCCAACUCGGAGGGGAAUUCACGGAGCAGAUCUGACUCAAGCAUCGACAGCCAGUGGAUGCAGACGCUGCGGAUGCACCAAAUAGCAAAAGCCAUUUCUCUCCAGCACGGCCACCCCCACAGCCCGACCACCGUCACCCACUACCUGCCCUACCUUCGAAGCCAGGACUCCUACGCCGCUGCCGUGAGGAGGACACGCGGUCCCGUCAGUUACCAGUUCACGUCCAUCAGCCACUCCAGAAACUCCUCUCCCCUCUCGCACAGUUUGGUGAGAAACCUCUCGAAUCUGCACCUGAACUCGAAAGGCAGCAGCACCUCCAGCACGGCCUCCGACACCCCUUCGGAGAGGGACAGGUCUGCCGGCAAAGGCAGAAACGCCUCGCACAGCGGGAACUCCCGCAGCUCCUCGGACGGGCGGUGCAGCGGGACCAGCUCCCCGGUGCCCCCCCGGCACUCGGGAAGAGCCUGCAGGACUUCCUCACCAGUGGCCCCCCCGGCCUCCCAGCACCGCAGGUACCCCCGCAGCCCCCCCCAGCUCAAGGCCAUCCCGGGCAUGCCCCCACAGGGUGAGAGCGAGCCCAGGAGGGGCGAAGGAGAGAGCAGAGUCAGCGAGGGGGGGUGGAUAAAGGUGCAGCAUGCAAAGAAGCCCCACAGGCAGACCGCUGGCAAGCCGGGGAAGGAGAGGCCCAAGGGGAGCUGGCGGGGCCGGAGGACGUUCUGAGGGAGGAAUUUGCCCCUUUAUUUGACUGACCAGCGGUUCAACCUAGAGAAGAUACGCCCGCUCCUAUUUACUUCACCACACGGAAGCUGGGACGCCACCUCCCUCGCUGGCCGGCGCAGCCCAGGGCCUGCCCGUGGAAGGGGAGAGCUGCCCACCUCCCCUCCUGUCACGGUCAGUGCCGAGGGGCUUCAUUUGAUUUUCUCCCCUCCGUUUGGCUGCUCAUGUUCUCAGCUGACUGGAUAGCCACUGAUUUGCUUAAUAUUUCAACAAUAAAAUCAGUAAGGCACAGCUGGGUGCCAUAACGAAAGGCUCUCCGUUUCAUCCUUAGGGAAGGAGUUGUGCUGCUGCUACAUCUUGCCUUGCUUAUGUCUCCAGAUGCCAAGUCCGGCUCUGAGGGGGUCUCCUCACCCCCUGUUCAGUCUGCUUCUGCCAGGGCUAUAGGAAGAAGUACUAUUUUUAUCAAACCAGCAUAGUCUGAAAAAACAGGAAUGCAGGGAGAUUUUUCUCAAGGUCCAUUCCAGUAGCUUCACUUCUCCACUUCCAGCUUGCCAUCCCCUCUCAGGAAUUUCUCACCUCGCUCUUUACUAACAGCCCCAACACCAGCUACCCGACACCACUGAGCACACUCUGUCACAUACACGGUUGUUGUAGUCAGAAGGAAAAACAAAAAAUAAGCUUUAUUCUUUUGGGGGAAAAAAUAAAAAUAGAGGGAGAAAAAGGCGUUCCCUUUAUCAUAGUUACAUCUAACCCCACUGAGGUCUAUGAUAAUGUUUAUCCCUCAGCAGCAGGCAUUUUUUAAUUGAAUUUUUAAAUGUGGCCAGACUGUGUCGCUUUUGUCUUUCAGUCUUCAGGUAUUAAAGACAAGGUCAGCAAAGUUUCUGAUUAAUGUGGUCUUUAGCUCCACCAAGAACAAAGACAUAGCUGUAGACUCGCUUGUCGUCAGAAAGUUUCUUCUUGGCCUUUUCACUCUAAGCUGAUUUCACACAAUUAAAAAGGAAAAAAAAAAAAAAAGUUAGGGUUUUCCAAGAUGCAAGAGGGGAAAAAAAAAGAAGAAACAGAUAAAAGGAGCUGAACCCAAAGCAACGCAUGAUACCCUCUGAAAGCCAAGAAACUGUAAAUUAGAGAUGCCUUUGAACAAGGUGCUACAUACCAUCCAUGCCAAGCGGUGCUUGCUGGCACGCAGUUGUGAGCGAUGGUGGACGAGCUGCUGGCUUGUCAGCCCCUCGAUGACCCCCAUCACCAUAGUCCUGUCACUGGACAUUCAAAAGGACAUGUAAAUUCCCUGCUCCACACAAAGACCACUCCUGGGGGUACACGCAGCUCUCCUCCCUCUGAUUCCCACCAGCCCCAAUGAGUGCUGAGCCCCAUGGUGGGUUUCCCAAUACCUACCAGAGUGAACUGGAACACACAUUUCAUGAAUUCAGGACAGGGUCCACCAAAACCAAUGGAGCAGGACACAACUGAUACCAAGUGUUGGGAACUGGAUCUCUGUCAUUUAAGCACCGUUUCCUCUGACAACAGUUAAGAGCAGAAAAGAUAGUAAGAAGCUUUACCUGAAAGUGAAUGGGGCUGCACAUGAAGCUCUGUGAUAACAGAGCUUGCCACUUUCUUGUGGCUUCAAACUGGUUGAAAGCUAGCUAGUAACCCAGCUUCUGGUCCUGGUUUACUGAACCUGAC